AUGUCCGGCGGGCCCCUCUCUGGUAAAGUCGCCGUCAUUACCGGCAGCUCUAAAGGCAUCGGCGCCGCCACAGCGACCCGACUCGUCAGCCUCGGUGCAAAGGUCGUCGUCAACUACGGCCACGACACGUCCACGGCCGACGCGCUCGUCCAAAAACUCGGGCCUGAAAACGCCUACGCUGUGCAAGCCGAUGCCGGCGCCCUCAGCGGCGUCGAGCAGCUGGUGCAAGCCAGCGUCGCGCGAUUCGGUAAGAUUGACAUUCUUAUCCUCAACGCGGGCAUCCUCGCCCUCAAGGACGUGGAGUCCUGUACGGAGGCGGACUUCGACCGUGCCUUCAACAUCAACGUCAAGGGGCCGUUCUUCCUGGUCCAAAAGGCCUUGCCGCACAUGACACCUGGCGGUUCGAUCCUCUUUAUUUCCACUAACCAAUGCCACGCCUCGUCCGUCACGGCGCCGUACACUCUAUACUGCGCGACGAAGGGCGCGAUCGAACAGCUCAUCCGGCUGCUCUCCAAAGACCUACUUGCGAAGAAGGGUAUUCGUGUCAACGCCAUCGCUCCUGGCCCUACGGCCACGGAGCUGUUCCUCGAGGGCAAGCCGCAGAAGGUGCUGGAUAUGAUUGCGUCGUUGCACCCGACGAACCGCAUUGGGAAGCCCGAGGAGAUUGCCGAGGCGAUCAGUUUUGUCGUUGGAGACGCGGCGAGUUGGGUUAGCGGGCAGACGAUCAAGGUCAACGGGGGUUUGGCUUGA